UGUCGUGGGCCUCCCGACGCGCGGCGGAGCGCCGCACGCAAGUCCCCCUUUCUCUUCUCCCCUCUCUGUCUCUCUCUCUCUGUCUCUCUCUCUCGGCCGCCUUCUUUCCAAGCGGCGACGACACGGGAGUGGCGCCGCCCUUCGCCGGCCGACGAGGCAAGAGGCUGCAGUCGACACAACCCAGAACAGAGAGAUUUGGGCGUUGCUAGGUUUCAGCCCAUUUGCAAGAUGCCUCCCCACAAGAUCGAAACUGGGCACCAGGACGUGGUGCAUGAUGUCGCCAUGGAUUACUACGGUAAGCGCAUCGCGACAGCCUCCUCGGACAACACCAUAAAGAUCGUUGGCGUCAGUGGCACCUCGCACCAGCAGCUGGCCACCCUGAGCGGGCACCAGGGGCCGGUCUGGCAGGUCGCGUGGGCUCACCCCAAGUUUGGCUCAUUGCUGGCCUCCUGUGGCUACGAUGGCCGCGUGAUCAUAUGGAAGGAAGGGGGCAAACCUGAUGAGUGGGUUCAGGCGCAUACUUUCACUGAGCACAAGUCCUCUGUCAACUCCAUUGCGUGGGCACCUCAUGAGCUUGGGCUCUGCGUGGCUUGCGGCUCAUCUGACGGGAACAUUUCAGUAUUCACAGCUCGUGCUGAUGGAGUUUGGGACACCACCCGCAUUGAUCAGGCGCAUCCAGUUGGCGUAACUUCAGUUUCUUGGGCUCCAGCAAUGGCCCCUGGUGCUCUGAUCACUGCUGGAGCUUCUGGUCAGUUUGAGUAUGUUCAGAAACUUGCAUCUGGUGGCUGCGAUAACACAGUCAAAGUCUGGAAGCUGCAAAAUGGAAAUUGGAGGAUGGAUUGUUUCCCUGCCCUGCAGAUGCACAAGGACUGGGUGAGGGAUGUGGCCUGGGCUCCAAAUCUUGGCCUACCAAAGUCUACCAUUGCCAGCGCGUCUCAGGAUGGAACUGUUGUGAUCUGGACUGAGGCGAAGGAAGGUGAGCAAUGGGUAGGCAGGAUUUUGCAUGAUUUCAAAACCCCUGUGUGGAGGCUGUCAUGGUCGCUUACCGGGAAUAUUUUGGCUGCUUCUGAUGGUAAUAACAAUGUAACCUUGUGGAAAGAAGCUGUUGAUGGUGAAUGGCAGCAAGUGACGACUGUUGAGCCAUAGGUGUUUGGAGCUCGGUGUUGCCAGUAAUAAUUUUUUUGUUAACUCCAGUAGUAUUGAGAUUGUUAUCUAAUUUUGCUGUAUGAUGGUUUCCAAGAUUUGGGCUUCACCAACAUCAUCAGUGCUCUCUUUCCUCCUUUCUUCGUAAUUGCUGUGCUGCUAUUGUGUCUAGUAAUCUGUACCUUGGAUGGUGAGCACAUGUCUGAUAUGAAUGAUAUGUCCAGCAAUUGUUAAAUCU